UUCAAGGAACUUUCACUUUAUUAUGUUUUGGUAGCUCUAGGGAGCCCCUCUUACUCUCCUCUGUUGCCUGUCAUGAAGCAGACGACUCUGUUCUCUUCAUUAAUGCGGGUGGCGGUGCAAUUGAAGGCUGUGAUUCCAACGUAAAGGUUACCGCUGAUUCAUUCUUUGAAGGAGGGGAUGUGAUAGAAACGAAUGAAAGCAUAAUUGAAGGUGGUGAUUGUCCUUCUAUUUACCACUCAGCACGCUAUGGCAGUUUCAGCUACAAGUUCAAUGGUCUUGCCCCUGGAGACUAUUUUCUAGAUCUGCAUUUUGCGGAGAUACUCUACACUUGUGGGCCAAAAGGACUCAGUACAUUUGAUGUCCUCGUGCAAGAUGAAAAGGUAUUGUCUCAACUCGAUGUUUAUGCUGUGGUUGGCGGAAACAGGCCCCUUCAAGUGCGUGAUAUUAGGGUUACUGUUGAGAUGAAUGGUGUUAUUAUGGUCAAUUUCAAAGGAGUAAGAGGAAGUCCCAUGGUUUGUGGGAUAUGCAUCCGAAAAGCACCACGUUUAACAGUUACAGAUGGAAAUGCCUUGUGCAAAAGAUGUUCAGCAGAUAUUGAUUUUUCAAAUACCCAGACUAGGACAAGUAAACUGAUCUCAAAGUAUGAGAAACAGAUUGAGGAGCUAACGAGCCAAUGCACUAUGAAGACCAACGAAUGUUACAUGGCGUGGUCUUCAGUAGACUCUACCAAUCUGGAGCUUGGAAGGCUUAAAAUAGAGCUUCACCAGAAGGGUGCUGAAAUUGAUAGUCUUGAGCAAGCUCUUGGUAGAGAGAGUGGCCAGCUAAGAAAUGUUUCCCAGAAAUAUGAAAAUGACAAGAAAUUGUGGACUGCUGCUAUAUCUAAUUUGAAAAGGAAAAUCAAGGCCAUGAAACAAGAGCAGGCACUGUUAUCUCUUGAAGCACAUGAUUGUGCAAAUGCAAUUCCUGAUUUGAGCAAGAUGAUUGCAGCAGUUCAGGCCCUAGUUGCACAGUGUGAGGAUUUAAAACUGAAGUACAAUGAAGAGAUGGACAAGAGGAAGAAACUUCAUAAUAUUGUUCAGGAGACAAAAGGAAUGGGCAAGGGCAUAUGCUGGGAUACUGCCAGCUUUAUUCUUGUGACGCUUCUUGCAUCCCCAUAA